CGCGUUGCGGCUGCAUUUCGCUGCCCGAGCAGGAGCGCGCCCCCGAGAUGGCAUCUGCGACCGACGCCCGCUACGGCCAGAAAGAGUCCUCCGACCAGAACUUCGACUAUAUGUUCAAGAUCCUCAUCAUUGGCAACAGCAGCGUGGGCAAGACGUCCUUUCUCUUCCGCUAUGCCGACGACUCCUUCACCCCGGCCUUUGUGAGCACCGUCGGCAUCGACUUCAAAGUGAAGACUAUCUACCGCAACGACAAACGCAUCAAGCUGCAGAUCUGGGAUACUGCGGGUCAGGAACGGUACCGGACCAUCACCACUGCCUAUUACCGGGGUGCCAUGGGCUUCAUCCUGAUGUAUGACAUCACCAACGAAGAGUCGUUCAAUGCCGUCCAGGACUGGUCGACCCAGAUUAAGACCUACUCAUGGGACAACGCCCAGGUGUUGCUGGUGGGGAACAAGUGCGACAUGGAAGACGAGCGGGUGGUGUCUUCGGAGCGGGGCCGCCAGCUUGCAGAGCACCUGGGGUUUGAGUUCUUUGAGGCCAGUGCAAAGGACAACAUCAAUGUGAAGCAGACCUUCGAGCGCCUGGUGGACAUCAUCUGUGAAAAGAUGUCGGAGUCCCUCGAUGCGGCUGACCCAGCGGUGACCGGGGCCAAGCCGGGGCCCCAGCUGACUGACCAACAAGCCCCCCCACACCAGGAUUGUGCCUGUUAAGAGACUUUGUGUGGC